AUGAAGCAAAUCAUCGACCAAUCCUCGGCCUCGGCCUCGGAGCCAGAGAGCAAGAAAGAUUCUGACACUAUCAAACUUGAGGCGACAGACGAGGAAAUCGAGCAAACAAAGAAUCGCAUCCUUCGUGAGCAAGCCGAUCUUCGCCAGCAAGAUACACCCAUCAUCCCGAUUCUGUCCCUUUUCAAAAAGAAGAAUGGGUACGGUCCCAGUGCCAUAGCGACACAGCCAUCUGUCUAUGACCACCCAUCCACAGCGAAGUUCUUCCAGCCACAUCCAAAGUACGAGAACCUGCAUCGGUUCGACCCGACCUUCCGAUGGAGUUGGGGCGAGGAGCUGCCUCUGAUCACCAAGAUGGAUUGGCGCGUGACAUUAUGGGCGUGUCUUGCGUUCUUCGCUCUCGAUCUGCCUCGAGGCAACCUGAGUCAAGCCAACUCUGCCUCCUUCCUCGAGAACCUCGGCAUGGACACCAACGACUACAACCUGGGCAACACGGUCUUCCAGAUAUCUUUCCUCUGCGCAGAAUUGCCGUCGCAGAUGGUCAGCAAGAAGCUCGGCCCGGACCGCUGGAUUCCUUUCAUCAUGUGUUCCUGGAGUUUGGUGUCGGGAUGUCAAUUCUGGCUUAGCGGUCGAACCUCGUUCCUCGUUUGUCGCGCACUAUUGGGUGUCCUUCAGGGGGGCUUCAUCCCCGACGUCGUCUUGUACCUCACGUACUUCUUCAAGUCAACCGAGCUACCCUUCAGGCUUGCCAUGUUCUGGACAGUUCGUCGAAUUACGGAUAUCGUGGCACCCUUGUUGGCGCUUGGUGUUCUUCGUAUGGAUGGAAUCAAUGGCUACGAGGUUUGGAGAUGGCUUUUCCUGAUCGAAGGGAUCAUUACUCUGUCAAUCAGUGUCUGGUCCUGGUUUGCAAUGGCGGCUUCGCCAACGCAGACAAAGGCUUGGUGGCGGCCCAAGGGCUGGUUCAACGAACAGGAAGAGAAGAUCCUGGUCAAUCGAAUCCUUCGAGACGACCCUUCAAAGUGCGACAUGCAUAAUCGACAGGCAAUCACACCCAAGCUGCUUCUCAAGUCUCUCGCUGACUGGGAGCUUUGGCCCAUUUACAUCUUUGGUCUCCUCUGGGAAAUCCCGUCUGGCCCUCUCGACCAAUAUCUCACGUUGACCCUUCGCAAUCUCGGGUUCAACACGAACGAUACUAAUCUGCUGAGUAUUCCGCCUCAAUUCUUGGGAGCCAUUUUUAUGUUGAUCAUGACAUACCUAUCCGAGAUAUGGGACACGAGAGCGCUUUUCGGUGCGUUCACGCAGUUGUGGUACCUCCCUAAUCUUAUUGGCAUGGCCGUUCUGCCGGCGGAUACCAGUCCCUGGGCCCCGUACGCGGUUGUCACUGUUCUCUUAUCCUAUCCAUCUCCGCAUGCCAUGCACGUCUCUUGGGCGUCUCGGAACUCUCACUCUGUUCGCACCAGGGCAGUCUCCGCGGCUUUGUACAACAUGAUGGUUCAACUUGCUCGCGUCAUCUACUCCAACAUUUACCGAGGGGACGACAGGCCUCAAUACCGACGUGGCAACCGAGUUCUCAUUGGAAUUUGCUGCGUGAACAUUUGUAUCUAUCUCAUCGCUAAAGUAUUCUACAUGUGGUGCAACAAGAAGAGAGAAAAAGAAUGGAACGCAAUGUCAGAAGAAGAGAAAAUUCACUACCUCGAGACGACAAAGGAUGAGGGUAGUAGCCGCAAGGACAUUCGAUUCAAACACUAG